CAUGUGGUGAAGACAAGCGUAUUUUUACACUUUUUAAAGAAACUUUUGAUGUAAAAGCAUUAUUAAUUUAACAAGUUAUAUUGUUAUUACAAACGAUAAAAGAAUCAUCUGAUAUAAGUUUGUGACAUCGGCUUACAACAAAAAUGCUGAAAACAUUGACAUUUAGGAAUGUUGGCGCUGUGCCAAAAAUGGAGGCUCACCACGUUUCUCAAUUCGUAUACAUCAAAUGUUUCAACUAUCUACGAUGUUGUUCUGCGUAUAUCAGUGAACAAUUUGACUCAUUUGUUUACUUUUGAACAUGAGUAAUAUUACUUAGAUUUGGUAAAUCUAUAAACAGUAAAGUAUUGUGUACAUGGCUGAUAAGUUGUAUCAGCUGAUGAACAUCUGACUUUGAGUGUCCUCAGGUUGACCUAGUUAUUCUUAGAUAUUUAUCAUAAAACAAAUUAAUUAAUAUGGACAUUGAUACAACUUCACAGGAGAACAAUUUACUAUAGCAAAUGAACCACAAGGCUGGACUUGAAAGUGAGAAGAGAAUGCGCAGAGAAAUUGCCAACAGUAAUGAACGCCGUAGAAUGCAAAGUAUCAAUGCUGGAUUCCAACACCUAAGGACACUUCUUCCCCACACAGAGGGUGAAAAACUUAGCAAGGCUGCCAUUCUACAGCAGACAACAGAUUUUAUCAGAAACAUGCAACAGGAAAAGGCAAAGAUUCAUGCCCAGAAUGCUUACUACAAGCGCUUGCUAAGUGAAGUAAGUCGACGGUGUAACAUUGACCUAGAAAUGGAUAUAUCGUUAUGUGGAGGGUCGCCUCCGUUAAAACGGAAAAAGCGAGACACAGAAUCAUCAGAUGAAGGUAUUACUGCAGAUUUUGAAGAAUGUAAAUAUGAAGAUGUGAGAAGAGAGGUGAUGGAACUACGACAGAAACUGGAGCAAGAACGACAACUACGCAUGGUCCUUGAGUUGAGGGCACAUACCCUUGAGUCGCAUCAUUAUGCUGAAAAAUUACAACACGCAAACCAUGUUGAGCAACAAGUACAUUUGCCAUCUGUUCCUAUGGAAAAGCCUGUAUCUGUGACAGAAGAACCUAAACGAGAAGAACAAGGGCCGGCUCUGCCACUGUGUGCUGACCACGAGAAUGAUCAUCCAUCAUCAUCACCUACUAGACCUGAGCCAGUAGAUACUCCAAGCUCCAUGUCCCGCAGGAACUUGGAAACCAUCGUAGAAGCCAUACGCCAUCUAGAAGGGGAGAGUAUUAAAAACGAUCAACAGUAUUCCGCCCCAAUUUCAUUGUCACAAGCAGAGGCAUUGCAUCCAAAAAUGUAUAUUCACCACAGUGAGGAGAGUGAAAAUUCAUGUGACGAUUUAAGAUCGGAAAGUUCGGGACGGGAUUCUCCGUCAGCUCACCACCAUCAUAAUUAUGUCAGACUACAAAGUGCACAAAACUUACAACAUGUGUCGUCUCCAAAACUAACAUCAUCUAGUGUUGUAAUGACCAGUUCUAGCUAUUCAGACAAAUACCCUGCAGUAACAAAUGUUCUACAAGGAAAUUCAGCACAAUUACAAAUGUACUACAGACCAGGUGUUAUUGUACAGAAUUCUUAACGAAAGAUGAUGAAUAUCAUGAAAAAAAGUAUUGUAAAAUCAUUCAUUGAAACUUAUUUAUUUCGCAUCAUCUGUCAUUCAUUAUAAAAAACUGUCUUGUUAUGUUGUUGUUAUAUAUUUUUCAUGUGUACAUACAGACAGGAUAAUUUCAUACAUAUAAUAUCAUAUCAUACAUUUCAUUAGCCAGUAUGAAAAACAAAUUUGACUUAUUUUGGAAAACUUAAAAAAAAAUUGAAUUUCAAUAGAUGCAACUUUACAAAAAAUAGUCCUAAUUUUAGAUAUUAUUCAUGUUUAAAAUUUUUUAUUUUUUUGGAAGUUGUUCAAAAAAAGUUAUUCAUUAUCAUAAAUAUUCGUAUUUCAUGUAAUACUAUAUUUCGUAUGUCGUCACUGCCAAAUUCCAAAUAUUACGAUGAACUAUUAGUGCUUUAUUGUGAAUGUAUAUUGUAAAUACUGGUGAUAUUUAAUUUAUAUGUGCAUCAGACAUGUUUGUUGAGAAAUUGAAUUUGUUAAUGUUUUUAAGUAUUAGUGAAAGUUCAAAUCAAAUUAUCAGUGUGUGUUGAAAUAUUGUUACAGUCCUGUCUGUAAGUGGUCAAUUUUGUAUAUGUCAAGUUUUGUUGAUACUUUUGUUUUUGAUCAUGUUUGUUAUAUAUAUAAAGGCUCAAUUAUUGUUUAUAUGUAUGUAUUUGUAUACAAGUAUUAAACUAUUAAGAUUUUUUUGUUAUUGACAAUGAUUAGAAUUGUUUAAGACUUUUCCUUUUUGUGAUGGCUUCUGUGAAAUUAAUGUGUGAACAUAGGUAAUUUAACUUAAAAAUCAAUGAAGAAAAACAAAAUAAAUACCUUUAAAAAAUGAAAACUUGUAAACCUUUUAGUGAUUUAGAUCUUUCUAUAUAGGAUAAGUAUGAAUUCAUACAGUUAUGUCAUAGUUUUGAAACAAUGAAACUUAAAAUGGUAAUGUUUCUUAUCUUGUUGUCAAGGUUGUCAUUAUUUUCUAUGAAUGUCUAUUUUGAUAAAUGGUAAGCUUAUAAGACAUAUGCCUUAUUUACACUACCAAUACCCCUUCAACCUGAUAAAAACAAUAAAUAAUUGAAAUUUUAUGAAAUACAAGCAGUUUUACCAUUUUGUUUGAAUGAAAUCUAAAACAAGGAAGCAUUUGAUGUUUGAAUUAGAAAUAAUUUUAUGUUUGUUUGUUUUGUUUUUUAAUAGAAAAAAAACAAACAUUUUCAGCUGAAGACCUUUAAAUACAAUGAUUAAAUUGCAUACUGUAACCUAGCAACUUACUAUUAUCAGUUUUGACCUUUAUAACUUAGACUUAACUCAACACAAUGUACAUGUUUUUGAGUUUUUCAAGUGUGACAGUAGUUUUAUAUAUUUGAUGACUGGAAAUGAUAGAUACAUGUAUAUUUAAUGUUUUACCAUUAUUUGAUGCUUGAGCCAUGACUUCAAGAAGAAAGUUUCAUUCUCGACUGUUAUUUUAAAAGAUCAACCAAAAAUCUUUAUAUCAGUAUUUAAACAAUAAUCCUAUUCAUAGAAGUAAAACAUUUUUAAAAAACGCAGCUGAAAGCUGAAUAUAGUAAAACAAAGCGGUUUAUGUUUGGUGGAUAUUUAUGUGUACUAAAUUGACAAAAGUGAAUGUGUUAGAUAUUAUUCAGUGUUGAAGAGAUGUGAUAUUUUGUGAAGUACAUGGCCAGCGUCCAAGUCAAUGCCAAUCAAUGCAAAGAAAGUUAUGACACACUGUGUGAUUUACACUGUUGUGACAUUCACUUUUAUCAGUUGUAUAUAGACACUUUCUAAUUGUAUUUAUCGUGUAACUGGUUAAACAUGAAUACCUGGAGAAUACUGUAAACAUGAAAGUUUUUUUUUUAAG